AACUUUCUCGACAGCAAGUGAUAAACCCCUGAACUAAAAAUGAAGUGAAUAAGCCCUCCAACUCCCUGUAUGAAGCAAAUUAGCCCUUUCGUUAACUGAGCCCCUCAACGUCGUUUGGGCGUCAAGGCAUGCCAUAUAAGAUGACGCUUGUAAUCUCAACCUCCCAAUGAAAGAUCUGUGGCUCGCUAUUUAUAUUGUGGAUGUAGUGCUUGUCUUCUUCAUUAUCCCGUUUACCAUGUUCUACUACGAAGGAGACCAGGACAAGAGUGUUGACAAACGGAUAAAGAGUGCAUCAUUGUGGGUGGUGACAACUGCAAUUGUAUGUGCUCUUAUGCUUGACAUUCUAUAUGGUUAGUGUUUUUGUUUUCCAUUUCUUUUCCAUGAAUGAAGUUGUUUGAUACGU